UUGAGUUCAUAUGAAGCUGCGUGAAGCUCAGCUGACCGGAUAAAUAAACGGUAUUCUAAUAUUUAGGGGAGAUUUGCAGCAGUAGUCACCCGUGGAGACGGACAUAUUCUUCCCAACUUCCUGUCCCCCUGUCCGCCUCAGAACACGAAGGACACAGAGCAGGCUGCAGCCAUGGGACAGCAUCUCACCGGCUGGAGCGGCGGCGCUGGGCCGAUAAAAGAUCUAUUCAUGACUCAGACCAAACCUACGUUAUGACUGAAUUAGAAGCUCCUGGGGUGGUGGAUCAUCCCCCAACCUACAUCAUCUUUGUGGUGGUCUUCCUCUUCUUCCUCACUGGACUGUUUGGUUUCCUUGUCUGCCACCUACUGAAGAAGAAGGGCUACCGCUGCCGCACUGGAGGCAUGGACGAUGAAGAGGAGGAAGAGAAGCUUGGAGGAAAUGCAGACGAUGAGGACGAAGAGAACCAGGACACAGUGGAGCAGAUCCUCAAAUGCAUUAUUGAAAAUGAAGCCAAUAUGGAAGCCUUCAAUGAAAUGUUUGGAAACCAUGUGCGCCAUGACCCCAGGUUGCGUAAGGAGUCCGUUGGUGUUCCUCCCCAUCACCACACAGUUCACUCUGGCACCGAGCACAACUCCUGUCACCUGUGUGCCCAGGUCCGAUCUAAAAAGGCCCGGAGACAAAGUCGAACCCCCCACUCAAAACAACGACCGGGAGAGCAGACUGUUUUCUCUGUUGGCAGGUUCCGGGUGACGCACACUGAUAAGAAGCUUCAUGGAGGUCCUAAUCCAUUGGACGGGUCAGGAGACCAGCUGGACCAAUCCCAGGACAGUGAGGAGCGUAAGGAAGGCGUGUAUAAUCUGAGAAGCAUGUUCAAAGAUGUCAGAUCACCUUCAGAGGGCUCUAAUGGGGUUACUGUGAAUGUGGGGAAACGCAGGAAGAGUGUAACUCUAUUCGGGUUAAGGCGUAGCAGCGACCCAAUUGGCAUUAAAGAAGAAGGAACAGUAAAGGACACUGGAGGUGUUGAAUUCCCAAUCCAGCAGCAACCUGUAGUGCUGGAGGAACUCAUGCAGGCAGAGAACAUUGAAGUUGCUAAUGUAAAUGAUACUAAACCUGGAAUUAAACCUGAAACCGAGGCCUCAAAGAGUCAAUCUCCUGGUUCUGUUAAUUUUUCUCAAAGUAAGGAUCUCGUGUUCAAACCUUCAGGUGAGACUUCUAUGGCUUCUGCCCAAAGCUCUCUUCCAAUUCCAUCUACUGGUUCAUCUGCACAUUUAUUAACAGCGAAACAACGACAUGUUGUUGAGGAUAAGGUGUUAAAAUAUGAAGAUGAUUUGGAUCAUGGACCCCUACAGACCUCUACACCCAUUGCCGCCAUGCCUGAAUCCAUUCCUGUGUUCACUCCUGUCAGUCCUACUGAUGAACCUGAACCAUGUUUAAGCCCAGGUUUCUCAACUACCAAAACAACAUUUGACCCAAGCUCUAGCCUAGAUCUGGAAUCAGGGUUUGGCCCAAAACCAGCUUUAAUAAGCUUAGGUUCAUCUCCUCCAUCUUCAUUACCAAACAAGGCUCAAUCUUCAUCCCCUUUAAAGAUGCCUACCUCACCCUUGGUGGUCAUAACGCGCAAAUGUCUAAGCUCAAGAAAUACACCAUCAGAGGCUGCAAAAUUAGACUUUUCCUCAAGCACCAAACUGUCUACAAGCUCAGGGAUGUCUAGCCAGGCCCCUGUUCCAGCUUCAUCCUUUGGAAAACGUACAUUGCAAACAACAGUCCCUUUACCUGCUUAUACAGCUAGCUCUAAACCUGAAACCAUGCUAGUAUCACCACAAACCCUCUCUUCUUCUCCAGCUGACCAAAACAUAUCCUUAGGAUACUCGCUUCGUCUGACUUUGAAUUCGGGUGGUGUGGUGUCUGUAGCAUCUAUGACCAAAGGGGAUCUGAUUUCACAAUGUAAUGUAGUCACAAUGAUCGAGGAUGAAGUAUCCUCUACUGCAACAAAAAAACAGAAAGGAGAAACCUCUGAAAAAGCAGGAAUUAGUCCAGCUGUUGGUCAGGAAGGAAAGGUUUCAGGUGUUGCACAAUGUGAAAGUCAAUGUGAAAAGACUCCUAGAGCAGAGGUUAUUACAUUGGUGAGUAAAGCGAAAGAUGAUAUGGUGGAGAUGGAGGAUAUUGGAGACUGCAAAGUGACACAGGUGGGAGAGGAAGAGGAGGAGUUGGAGAAGAUGGUAAACAUUUAGUCAAAGUAGGAAUGUUUGGUGAAGUCUCAAAUGGAAAUGGUUGAGCAUUCAGUUCUGAUAAUCCAAAGAAAGAAGGGAAGAGUGUCUCAACGUGGUGGACUAUAACAAAGGAAAUGUCAGAAUGAUAAAAUGAAUUAAUUAUGGACAUGCCUUUAAUCGUGUAACCACAGCAGUGGAUAAGUUGCUGUGAAACUAGACUGGCUGCUUAACUGACUAGCUGGUUGUCUAAUUGAAAACCACCCGAUGCUCUUCCACUGUUUGAUUUAGAGGACGAUACAACAGAUGUUAAAUGUUUUAGCCUUUUCACCACAUGUCACAGAUACUUACAUAGCUAACCAUUUUGUAGACCAUGCUUUUGUGUUUUUGAUUUUACAGGCAGGUCAUGGGGGAGUUUAUGAAUAAAUUGUAUUGUCACUAGCAGACCAUCUACUUGGCUAAUGGGUUAGUUGGCAUAUUGUCGCUUAAUUGAGUAACUAAUGAUUAUAUUUAAGUCUUUCACCAGAGCUGUCUGACUAUACAGCAAAGCUAGUUUGCCUUAUUUGGGAAAUAUUAUUUAUUAUUGAUGUAUAUGUUUGCUAAGUGCUGGAAACUUUUAAAUUCCUAAUUUGAUUGAUUGUGAAUCAACAUUUACAGUAUGCUCUUUUGGCAGGUUUGCCAAUGGGUAUAUCUCAGUUUGUGAAUAUGCAACAAGUUCAAGUAUUUCUGUUUAACCUAUAUCCAUGGCUUACAGCAAGAUGAAAAAAACAAGUCAGUACCAUGACAACAUAUCUUACUUACAACUCUGCAAAUACCAACACUCGGUCAGUGCCCCUCAGCAUCAAAUGGAGAAAUGGAAACCUAACCAAGUAAACGCAAUAACUAAAUAAACCAAGAUUGGAAGUAACAAGCACAAACUGAAUGCAUCUGUUGAUGAGAGAGUUUAUUUUGAAAAUACAUCAUGCAUGCAGCGAGCGUAAGCAGGUAAGGGUAAGCUCUUACACAUCCAAAACUGAGGCUAGAGGAGUAACUAGCAUAAUAGCUUGAAGCGCAAGGCCACUUUUCUAGUGUUGGAAUUUCACGAGCUAGAAGUGAGACAUUUUCAGAAAAGUUUUUUUUUUUACUAAUCUUUUCUCUGCUAAUCUGCUAUAAAUUCAAGAGUGCAAAACAAUGGCAACAAAUAAUGGACAGCAAGUAUAGCCAUAAACUGUUAUAGAAUGUACUAAUGCUAAAUAAUACAAAGCAAUGCUACAGCAUUGUGGUGUGGGAGCGCCAUGAAUGAAAUAAAUAAAUGAAACUUAAGAUAUGAACUUAAUCUUAAUCAUAUUGCCUCAUAUUUUGGUCUGUGCUCCGAAAAUGUGUAAUAACUCUGUAACUACUUAAUCUAUCUUGACAAUUUCUUUUCUAUCAGGCUAAAGAUGAACCCCUGUAAGUGUGAUGUCUAAAAAUCAGUUAAUAUGUUACUGGUGAAGAAAUAAAUCAAUAUGACACAAAAAACAUAAUAAAAAAUGUUGAGAAUUGCCUGAAAAAAAGUCUCUUAACA